UCAUCGCAGCAGUCGAUCGCAUCCAUAAUCCCGCCAACCUCAUCUCCUUCCUCUUCCACCCUCUGUGUAUAUAGUACCAUGUCCGAGGCAGCAAAGCCCACAGAGGAAGUCAAGCCCGCAGAGGAGAAGCCCGCCUCCACCGCUGCGGCGGAUUUCACGAAAUAUAAGGCUGCUGCCGAUAUCACCAAUGCUGUAAUGCAGAAGAUCGUCGCCGCGAGUGUGGAAGGUGCGAAGGUGCUGGAUCUUUGCAUCGAGGGCGACAGGCUCCUCGAGGAAGGCACGGGUGCCGUGUACAACAAGCCGGUGAAGGGCGUGAAAGUUAGCAAGGGAAUCGCGUUCCCAACGAGUGUUUCCGUCAACAACGCCGUCGCCCACUUCUCUCCAUUGCCCACCGACCCCGCAUCCUCGCAAACCCUUGCCAAGGGUGACGUCGUCAAGGUACACCUAGGCGCGCACAUCGAUGGCUACGCAGCUAUCAGCGCAGAAACACUCGUCGUCGGCGCAUCCGAAGACGAGCCCGUCACUGGCCGGCGCGCAGACGUGCUCAAGGCGGCAUGGACUGCAGCGGAGGCAGCGAUGCGGCUGGUCAAGGUCGGAAACAAGAACUGGGGAAUAACGGAGUCGGUAGCGAAGAUCGCUAAUGCGUGGGACUGCAAACCUGUCGAGGGCAUGCUCUCAUGCGAGCAGGCGCAGAAUGUGAUUGACGGGAAGAAGCGCAUCAUCCUCAAUCCGAGUGAGGAGCAGAAGAAGGGCUUCGAGACCGUGACGUUCGCGGAGAACGAUGUCUGGGGCAUCGACAUCCUCAUCUCGUCCGGAGAAGACGGCAAGGCACGGUUGGAGGAGUCCAAGACGACCAUCUACCAGAAGGAGUCGAGCGUCACGUAUCAGCUCAAGAUGAAGACCUCGCGUGCCGUCUUCUCUGAGGUCCAAAAGAAGGCGGGUGCCUUCCCCUUCAACGUCCGCGUCUUGGAGGACGAGAAGCGAGCGCGGCUGGGUCUGCAGGAGGCCGUGCAGCACGGACUGGUGAAACCUUACGAGGUGAUCUACACGCCCUCGAACACGUUCGUCGCGGGAUUCCACUUCACGAUCGCGCUGCUUCCUGCAGGCCCUGUGAUGAUCACGAGCCCGCCUGUCUGGUACAAGCCGGAGCUGGUCAAAACGGAGAAAGAGCUUGAGGAUACGGAGUUGAAGGAACUGCUGACGCAGCCGCUGAGGGAGGACAAGAAGUCCAAGAAGAAGAAAGCGAAGGAGGGUGCCGAGGAGAAGUAAAGAAUGUAGUCAGUUGCACUGUAUAACGACGCACUGUAUCGCUAGUGU